AUGUCUGAUACAAGUUUGUUUGUGAAAGCUAAUGGGAGUGAUGUUAUUUUGCUCCUUUUAUAUGUUAACGACAUCAUCCUGACUGGGUCAAAUACUGAGAAGAUUCAAUCUGUGAUUGACAGUCUUGCAGAUGUGUUUGAUUUAAAAGAUAUGGGCACAUUGUUAUAUUUCUUGGGACUUCAGAUUCACUAUAAUGUAGAUGGAUCUUUAUUUGUGAAUCAGUCAAAGUAUACGAAGGAAUUGGUGAAAAAGGCUGGAAUGGAGCACUGUAAACCAACCUCAACACCUUCCAAACCACAUUCCCAAUUACUUACAACUGAGGGAAUACCAUUGUCUGAUCCUACACACUAUAGGAGUCUGGUUGGAGCCCUGCAGUAUCUUACUUUUACUAGGCCAGAUAUAGCACACUCUGUCAAUGUUGUGUGCCAAUAUAUGACCAAUCCUACUGAGUCACAAAUGCAUCUGGUGAAACGAAUCAUAAGGUAUCUCCAGGGUACAGCAAACUAUGGUAUACGAUACACUCACUCUUCUGAUUUUCAGAUAAAUGCAUACUCUGAUUUUGACUGGGCAGCAGACAUUAAUACAAGAAGGUUCAUUACGGGCUAUGUAGUUUACUUGGGUUCAAAUCCGGUUUCAUGGCAGUCAAAGAAACAGGCAACAGUGUCUCAUAGUUCCACAGAGGCCGAGUACAAAACCUUGGCACAUUGUGCUGCUUAUGUGUUCUGGAUUCGUUCUCUUCUUAAGGAUGUGCAUCAAGUUCUUACACUACCUCCUACUUUACAUUGUGAUAAUCUCUCAGUUCUGGCCCUAUGUUCCAAUCCAGUGUUCCAUUCGAAGAUUAAACAUCUCGAUACGGACUAUCACUUUGUUCGUGAGAAAGUCCAAAAGGGAGAUCGUGCUGUUCAGUACAUAUCAACAAAUGAGCAGGUAGCCGAUGUGUUCACUAAAGGUUUGCAUAGUCCAGUGUUCAUUCACCACUGUGCAAAUCUUUAUAUUGGCGUGCCUGGUGGUAAUCAACAAUGUUCACAGAUAUUACAAGUGCCAAAAGCAGCAGACAAAGAUCAUAUCAGUGUCAACUCCUCAUCCUUGCCAUGA